CCCUUUUCUGAAUUUACCUUCAUCAGAAACAGUCUCACUCUAAACAUUUGAAAGCCAGGGAUGAUAAAUUUACGUCAAAUUAUUAGGAGAUACAUGUACAAAUGUAUAUGACCAAUCGGGGUCUUAAAAAAAAAGCCAAAAUCAUCUUAGGUCAAUUAGGAACAUAUUAAGUUUCUUAAUAAUUUAAAUUAAGGAAUUUUACAAUUUAUGUUUUGGCAUAAUGCACUAAUAAUUAAAACACCAUGAUUUGGUUGGGGGAGUAAGUUGUGCAAAUGGACAAAAUUAAGACAUUAAUAGAAAAGUACAUAUAUGUAUAUGUGCUAGGAACCAUUGCAAUAUAUAUGUAAAUUAAAACAAAAAAGAAAAUACAUAGUUGGCUAUUAAAAACCCAAGUGAAAGAAAGAGACAACACAGUCGCCAAAAGAAAAAAAAAAACAACACCAUGGCCGAAAGAAAAAAGAACACGACACAAUGUCCAAAAGAAAAAGAAACAAGAUUUGACAACAAAAUGACCAAUAGAAAAAAAAGGACAACACCAUGGCCAAAAGAAAUAAAUAAAGACAAACAGAAAAAUAACAGUUCACGAAAACAGUACACAGAAAACACAAGAUUGAUCAAUACAACCCCCACCAAAAAACUGAAGGUGAGCUCAGGUGGUUUGGAGGUUUCAUGGAUAUCUGGUUCCUUUUUUUGAAGCCGUCAUGGAAAAUAUGACCACGAACAAUGAAGAAAAAAAGAUGUAUAGAUAAUGAAGUGGUGGUUGGUUGUAACAGUUCAAUAUUCUCUUGUAUAAUGAAAUGUUCAUUUAUGACAUUCAUUGGUUGUAUGUGAUUUCUUUCAUUAUGCAAAAAAUUGAGGAUGGAAAUGGGGAAUGUGUCAAAGAGACAACAAUCCGACCAAAGAGCAGAAAACAGCCAAAGUCCACCAAUGGGUCUUUAACACAGCUGCCACAGCGAGAAAAUCCUGCACACUGGGAGGUGGGCUCCAGCUGGCCCCUAAAUAAAAAUGUGUACAAGAUCAGUGAAAAUGGAUGUCACACUUAACUCCAAAACAUAUAAAUGAACUGAAAUCCAAAAAAAAUACAAGACUAACGAAGGCCAGAUGCUCCUGUCACUUGGGACAGGCGCAAAAAUGUUGUAUUAGAUGUAAGGUGUAAGCUGUUAAAUAUGGCACAGAGAAAUGAGCCUUCAAGAUCACCACCAGUCUUGUUAUUCAAGAUUUACAUAUUAUGACAUAUUUAAAAAUAUUAUCCUGCUCUUUACAGGUAAAAUUAGAAAACAUGAUAAAGACUUCAAAGGUCCAAUAGAAAACAGGUCUUGUACAGAUAUCAUAUGUUGUUUGCUAUUUUUAGUCUUCAUCUUUGGACUUAUAGCUGUGUCUAUAUUAGGUUUUGUAUGGGGCAAUCCCAACAGAUUACUACAUCCUACAGAUUCUUCAGGACUUAUAUGUGGCUAUGAUGCAGAGGUUAAAGAUAGGCCAUAUCUAGUAUACUUUGACAUUUCAAAAUGUGCUCAAAUGGGUCCAAGUGCAGUGGCAUUAGGCUGCCCAACACCUCAAGUUUGUCGGAAAUCUUGCACUACUGAGUAUUAUGUUUACCUAGAAACAGUUGCCAAGGCUACUGUAGGUUUACUGCAGCAGGCAGACAUAGAUAAAAUGGUGUGUAAAGAUGGCAUCAACAUUACAGAAUCAACAUCAGUGGAGGAUAUUCAGAAAUAUGUUGGAGAUAAUGAUUGUGCUGCAUAUUAUGUAGAGACUACAGAUAUUGUUGGUCGAUGUAUACCAUCAAUAUUCAAAACUAUUUUGGAAACAGCAAAAGAUGUCAUAACUUAUACUGCUGUAAAUACAGAUGGUUCAAAUAUAACUUAUAACCUGACAAACACAGAUAAUACCCUGAUAUCAGGAAAUUUGAUCAGCAAUGGGACAGGAUUUCUUGCUUUGUUUUAUUCAGCAUCACAGGAGGCAGAAAUGAUAUUUAAAGAUGUAGUAUCAGCAUGGCACCUGAUCGUCAUAUUCUUGGUAAUUGCCAUGGUAGCAUGUUUUGUGUGGAUUGUUAUUAUGAGAUGGAUUACUGGUUUUAUGGUGUGGUUCAGUAUUUUUGCAGUUUUAGGAGUCAUGGGUUUUGGUUGUUACUAUAGUUACUCCCAGUAUUAUGAUUUGAAGAACUCAAAUUCAACAUCAGAAUUUGGUAUUGCUCAGGCUUUUGCUCUCAAUUUUUCAUAUUACUUGACAUUAAAAGAGACAUGGCUUGCAUUUGGUUGUACAACAGCCACUUUCCUGAUAAUAUUUUUAUUGAUUUUGAUAUUUUUGUGUCACAGAAUUUGUAUUGCCAUAAAGCUUAUAGAGGAAGGAAGCAAGGCCAUUGGAAACAUGAUCUUUACCCUGUUCUGGCCAAUUAUUCCAUUCCUGUUACAGAUAAUAAUGAUAGCUUAUAUGGCAGUGGCUGCAGUAUUUGUAGCUUCUAUGGGAGGAAAAGAGUAUUACAGAAAUGAUACCAGUAGUCAGAUUGCUAGUGACUUAUUGUCGGAUUUACCAUGUAAUGAAAGUGACACAACGUUUGGAGAAUUCUGUGGGUUUGUGAAAUAUGGGGGAGAUCAAUAUAUAAUACCACUUGAGGUGUUUCUACUGUUCAUGUUUUUCUGGUUAAUGAAUUUCAUCAUAGCUCUAGGACAGAUGACAUUGGCAGGAGCAUUUGCUUCAUACUACUGGGCAGCCAAUAAAUCCAAAGAUAUACCUACCAUGCCAGUCUUGUCUUCAUUUUACAGAUCUAUCAGGUAUCAUUUAGGAUCAUUAGCAUUUGGGUCUUUAAUCAUUGCUAUUAUCAAAAUGAUUCGUGUUUUGUUGGAAUAUAUUGACGCCAAGCUAAAGAACUCAGAAAAUCCAGUCGCCAAGUUCCUUAUAAAGUGUAUGAAGUGCUGUUUUUGGUGCUUAGAGAAAUUUAUAAAAUUUCUUAACAGGAAUGCUUACAUUAUGAUAGCAGUAUAUGGUAGAAGUUUCUGUCCUGCAGCAAAAGAUGCAUUCUUUUUAAUAUUUAGAAAUGUUGUCAGGGCCAUGGUUCUUGACAAAGUCACAGAUUAUGUAUUGUUUAUCAGCAAACUGGUGGUCACAGCUGGUGUUGGUGUGGGUGCAUACUUCUGGUUCCAAGGCAAAGUUGAUUUCUUUACAGAUUAUCUCCCUAAGCUUAAUUAUUAUCUGGUACCAGUCAUAGUUGUAAUAAUGGGAACAUAUGUAAUAGCAGCCACUUUCUUCAAUGUAUAUACCAUGGCAGUUGAUACACUGUUUCUAUGUUUCUUGGAAGACUUGGAAGUGAACAAUGGCGAAGAUAGGCCAUAUCGUAUGGGUAAAGGAUUGCAGAAAUUAUUGUCAAAAAAGAAUAAGAAAUAUAAAGAACCAGAGGAAGAAAAUAGAGCUUAAAUGGCAAAAUGUGAAAUCCUGAAAUUUACUGUGUGAAUGGCUAAGGGCAGAUAAGAACUUAUAAUAUGAAAGAUAAAUUGUGGAAAUGUUACUUUCACAAAAGGUGCAACACCAAUUAUAAAUUAAAACUUUUUUUAGGUUUUUUUUCUUCUUUUUUUUGAUAGAAAAGCUGUUAUGAAUACUUAAACUUUUUCAGGGGCGAAAAUAUUACAUUUUCCCAUUCAUUAUUCAAACCAUAAUCAAGCCAGUUGAAUUGAAUUUUACUUAACAAGGAAACACCUUAUUUUUGUCAUAAAUUCAAGUCUGCAUUUAAUACACUAUAAAUUUUCAAAAGAGAAGAGAUUUUCCAGUUUGAUUUUUUCUCAUUUUUUUUAAUUCAAUGAAAAGAAAAUGUAGAAAAUGCAAUACCACUGAUAAAAUAAUGUUUAAUGUGAUGAACAUAGGAACAUUUAAAAAUACUUAAAUUAUUAGAUGUUUUGAUAAUAAACCAAUCUGAAUCCAUGAGCUUUUGUCUUAUUUAAUUGCUGUAAAAUUAGACAAUGCUUUAAGGAUCUAUUGAUAAAAGUUUUCAUCCAAUAACAUGCUUUCCGUGAAUCAACUUAUGUUUUUCUUUCUUUUUUAGAAUCAGUUGUUGUUAUCAAACCUACUGAGUCAUACUAUGACAAUCAAACAUAUAUUGAAAUAUUUACCUCAUUUAGUGAAAUCCUUGAUUUUUAUCAACAACAAAAUUUGUUUUACAUUUUUAGCAGUAUUUCUUCAAAUCAAAAUACAAAAUGAGAUUCUUUAUAAAAAAUAUAUCAUAAUUUUUGUGUUAAUCAAUGUACAUUACAGUCAGAAAUGUAAUGCAUGAUAAACCUUAUUUGUACAAUGUAUAUUCAGAAAUGAAUGUUAUAAUAGCAUUGCUUACAUCUACUUCAUUUGAACUUUGAUAGAUAGUUGUCUCAUUGGUAAUCAUACCUCAUCUCCUUAUUUUUAUAUUGAAGUGACUGUUGUCUAAAUGUCAUAUUUAUUUGGAUACAUAUUUUAAUUUUAGUGCUAUCAAAAUAAUCAAUGCAAAUGUUUCUAAUUCUAUGUUUGACAAAUACAUAUAUAGUAUGAGAAUGUAAUGUACAUAUAUAACAAAUAGAACUAACUUGAAAAUAUAUUACAAAUAGAACAAACUGUACAUAUAUUAAUUUUUAUUGUUGUAAUUUUAUAUGACAUUUCAGCUAGAUAACAUUAAUAGAAAUUGUAGCUUAAGUUUGAUGUUAAAGCUUCUUACAUUUGGUAAUUUGUUAAAAAAAGUAAAAGGGACCAAAAGUGACUUUUUUUUAAAAAAAUCAUGCAUUUUGAUGUGGAAUUUUAAUGAACUAUGAAGUUGAAAUUAGAAAGUGAUAGUGAAUUUGGUUAAUCUAUUUCAGCAAAAGCCAUAUUUUUAUAUUUUUUAUGCAAACAAUAAGAAUAUUUUUUUUUAAAUAUUAGUUGUUGAAAUCUAGAUUGCUUAGACAUUUGACUCCCAGUCUUCCCGAAAAAGGGCAUUAUUUGCAACAAAAUUGUCAUAUUUUAAAUUGAUUUUAGAAAUUUGGCCUUACAAUAGGUAACCUACGGUUCUCUUAUAAAAUCAUUGCAAGGUCUUUUACCUUCAGACAGUAUUGCAAAAUCACAGCCCAGGGCAUCAGAUUUAUCUAGUCCCCAUUUCAUACUGAAUUGGCUUUAUUUAUACCUCCUGCACAGGAAAACAGAUAUCCCUCAGCCUUGGUCUUACUGAAGAAUUGGGUUCCUUGUGUGUACAGUAAGGACUGGCUUUCCUCAGCUGCAAUGAAAUAUCUAUAUGUUAUGCCAUACUUUGUGACUUUUUUACAUGAGGGUCUGGAUUGGGUUUACAGAAUAGAGAAUAAUGGGCAAAAAGUGCAGAAUAAAGGGCAAAAAAAAUAAAGAAUAGAGAAUAUUGGGGUGCUUAAAUAUAAAGAAUAGAGAAUAAUGGGCGAAAUAGAUAAAGAAUAGAGAAAGAUAGUCUACAAAAAUGAAGGACACGCCUUCCAGACCCCCUUACUUAACAAUUGUGUCAUGAUGCUGAAUCCAGCAUAUUUCUUAUUGUCUCAUUAAUAAUUUAAUAAAUAUUGACUUCAUGUACAUUCCUUGCUCAAUGUUUGUGAUUUGUUAACAUGUAUUAUAGCAAAUUGUGAUGUGUCUAUAUAUAAUAUGUAUGUGCCUUGACUACUUGUCUUGUUUACCGGUAUAUUUUUAUUAUGAUAUUUUUAAGUUGAAAUUAACAAGAUAUUUUGAAUAUUUGUACUUUAAAAUCUUUUUGAAAUUUCUACUUUUCUUUAUUUAUCUGUCAACACAAUUUCUAGAAAUCCAUAUGAUAUUUGAUAUUUAUUUUUUUUUUAAUGGAUAGAUUUUGGCAAAAAGAUGUUUGUAUAGAGUUAUGUCUAACUUUAUAUAUGGCAAAUGUUUAUUCUUGUAUUUGUACUGUACCUACAAAUAUUCACUGUUAUAGUAAGUGUAUGUGUAUUUGUGAAAAUCAAUUAUGCAUAUGUUAUGUCUUAUAUAUUUAUAUAACCAUUUUUAUAUUGACCAUGAAGUAUCUAAAUCAUAUGUUAAAAUGGGCCCAAAACAUCAAGAAAUGCAUUAUUUCAAAAGCAUACUGCUUUGUUAUACUUAAGGCAUCAUGUUGCUUCGUUAAAAGGUGCCAUGAACAAAUUAUCUCCCUUUUUUAUACUUUGAUUUUUUUUUUCCAAACUUCUAAUGAAAGUCAUUCAUCAGAAAUUCAAAAUUCCUAUCAUCAAACAUGAAAAGAAAUAUUCUCGCAACACUUCAGAUGCACAUUCAAAGUACAAUUGUUUUGUAAAGGAUUAUUCCAAAAAUGCCCUCAUUGCAUCAGUCUGCUCCCUAGUACAGAAAACUUAGUAAGUAGCACAUAUGAGAUUUUUUUUGGGGGGAGGAGUAUUAUAGCAGAUAUAAUUUUUGGGUCAACCCAUUUUCUAGCAACCAAAUUUAAUUUAAACUUAUUGUAAGUUAUUAAAACUGUUGUUAAGUGUUGAAAUCAAUACUGUUUACUAGACACCAUUUGUGUCAAGUAUCUUACCUUCAAUUUAUCUGAGAUUACCAAGAGGAAUUUUGGUUUAAAAACACCAUCAAAUUUUUAAAAGCUUUUGAUAAGAUUAAAAUAGAAUUGACUGCUUGCGAGGAAAUUGGUUGGCACAUGAAUAGGUUCUGCUAUAAAUAUAAUUGAAUCCAAGAUCUGACAGAAAUCCUGGUGAUUUUUAUUUUCUUUAUUUUUUAUGUAUUAUUUAUUUACACUUAUAUUGUAUACUGAAUCUAAAGAAAUUCCCAGCAUUUAGUGAAUUUUUUUUUUAACUUAUAAUAUUUUCCUACCUAGAAACUUAGUAGAAAUUGAAGUGUAAACAAAUCAGUUUCAUUUGUUUUGAGUAGUAUUUGAAUUAUUGAGCCAUGGUAGCUCCAAGAAUUUAGCUUAAAGGUCCCUGGAUUAUGGGCAUUUUUUUUUUGUGAUACUCAAGCCUUUUACUACAGAAGGAAUCGGCCAAUGAAAUUUCUUUCAUUUAAAUUGACCCAUUAUAUUUUUAUAUAUUAGAUCUGAAAAAAAAAUAAGUGUGUAUUUAUUAUAAAACUAAUUAUGAUGUAAAAUUAAAACUAUGAUAUUAAAUUGUUAUAAAAUACUACUUAUUUAUAUUUUUGUUUACAUUCAAUUAUAUGCAUAAUAAUUUGUAAACAUACUCUCUAAUUUUUACAUUUUUGUAGAUUUAAAACUCAUUACAGUAAAGUUUUUUAGCCAUCUGAGAUUGAGGCAAAUAGUUGAAACAACUAAACAUUUUGAAUUUUUUAUGUUGAUAUUUGUGAUUGUUUUAUUUUUGCAUGUUUUGCAGCAACUGCUCAUUUGUGCAAAUUAAACUACGCAAAACCUAUAUGAAACAUUUUUAUUAUUGCUAGAUAUAAGAAACACAAAACAAAUUUUAAAAUCUAAAGUGGUUGCCAAAUUUUCACAACAUACAAAUAACUGAUAAUGAUAUUUGACAUAUUUAUCAGUUGCCUGUAAAUGUAUAUCAUAUAGGUUGGAAUUAUUUGUGUUUUUGAUCAGCUGAUACUGCACACAUUUUACAAUUAAUCACAACUUUGAUUCUGAUGAGGCAGAAAGGUAUUACUUACUAACAUUUUUGUUUGCAUCUAGUUUUUAUAUUUCUUAUUUUAAUGUACACAAAAAAUAAUAUACUGCUGAUGAUUUUACAACCAUUUUGUCUAUUAAAUUCAAUUUUUGGUAGGCUUACAAUGACCUGAGAAUUAAUCUCGCAUGGCCAUAUAUGUAUGAAUAUGAAUGAUACAACGAUAUUUGUUUAGCAUAAUCGUGCUUCUUUUGAUUUUUUCUGAUCUUUGUUGAUAGUAUUCCAUUGCAAUAAUGAGUUAAUUUGUUACAUAGACAUGCUACCCAAACUCUUUCUUGUAAUAAUGUGUGUGGGAAACUGUUCCUAGCAAAAAUGUUAGUUUUUAUGAGACUGUGCACAUCAUUUCAAUUCAGAAAUUUUAAAUUUUUUUAGUGAUGAAACAUGAAGAAAUUCAAAUUUUGCUUAGCAUAAAAAAACUUAACUUUCAGAAAGUAAAAAAAUCCAAAAUAGUUAUUUGAAUGGUUUGCAUCAAAUAUGUGUUUGUGGUUUUUUUUACAGGUUUUUACUUAACGAAAUUAGUUGUGAUGAUAUCUUCUUGUAAAUGAAAUCCAUUUAAUAUAUUUUUAUCUAUUUUAUUAAUUUUUGAUCAUUUAUUUUACCUUUCUGAAGAUAGAUUUAAAGUUAUCAUAAGUUAAUAUAUAGUUGUUAAUCUGUAAUGGGUCCAAGUUCCAACAUUGAAAAAUAAUUGAAAAUAUGUCAGUUGACUGCACUGAUAUGUAUAUGCAUCCAUGCAUUUUGUUUCUAUUACAACCAAAACCAUACAUGUUUUAUGAUUCAUUUUAUUUUUUUGUCUGGUGGUUUAAUUUUGCAUUUUGUCUAUCACAUUUUUUACAGUUAUCGUAAGAUAUUGAAAUUAAAUUUGCUCUGGAGAAACCGGUUGACUCUGAUAACUAAAUCUUGUUGAUCUUUCCUGUCCAUGUAUCACUCUGCUAAAAAAUUAGCACAUAUUUCACAGCUUUUAAAAAACAAAAAGGACGUAUAGUUCCUUACAUGUUUGGUCUCAUGUGGAUAGUUGUCUCAUUGGCAAUUAUACCACAUUUUCUUAUAUUUAUCUUAUUAACUUUGACCUGAAUUAUCGACAACAUCAUAAUGUUUGACAUGGCGUUGAUAAGUUUGACCCAAACUUAUCAAAUCCUCUUCUGGUGUGCUGGUGAAAUAAAGAAAAAAUAAUGUUUCAUCGACAAAAACUUUUGUUGCCAUCUUUGUCAAAUUCACUAUCAACUAGAACACCUUUCUUAUUGGAGUCUUUGUUAGAUUUAUUUGUAUGUUUGUUUGAAUUUUUAAGUCAGUUGUGUUGUAUGUCUGUGAAGUAUGUUUACACAGUUUUGACUGCUGGAUCCCAACUAUUGUCACAUUAACCUAUUAUGUCUGCUUGGGUUACUCAUCUAAUUUUUCUCAAUAUAAAUGAACUAUAAACAACUGCCAUACAAGUUGUAGGUUUAGCUAGCUAUAAAACCAGGUUUGCUGGUGAAAUGAAGAAAAAAUAUUGUUUCAAAGACAAAAACUUUUUAGUUGGUGUCUUUGUAAAAUUUACUAUCAACUACAACACCUUUUUUAUUGGAGUCUUUGUUAGAUUUAUUUGUAUAUAAGAAUAAGAAGAUUUGGUAUGAUUGCCAAUGAGACAACUCUCCACAAGAGACCAAAUGACACAGAAAUUAACAACUAAAGGUCACUGUACGGCUUCAACAAUGAGCAAAGCCCAUACUGCAUAUUCAGCUAUAAAAGGUCACAAAAUGACAAAUGUAAAACAAUUCAAAUGAGAAAACUAAUGGCCUUAUUUAUUUACAAAAUAAUGAACAAAAACAAAUAUGUUACACAGCAACAAAUUACAACCACUGAAUUACAGGCUCCUGACUUGGGACAGGCACGUACAGAAUGUGGCGGGGAUUUAAACUCGUUUGAAGGUGCCAACCCUCCCCUAACCUUGGACAGUGGUGUAACAGUACAACAUAAGAACAAACUAUAAAAAUAUGUUGAAAAAGGCUUAACUCAUCAGAUGGAUACAAAUAGAAAUACAUCUAACAAAAACAAAGAGUGGAUGUGGAUUUUGUUUGAAUUUUUUAGUCAGUUGUGUUGUAUGUCUGUGAAGUAUGUUUACACAGUUUUGGAUGCUGGAUCUCAAUUAUUGUAACAUUAACCAAUUAUGUCUGUUUGGGUUCUCACCCAAUUUUAUUAUUAUAACAGAACUAUAAACAACUGCCAUACAAGUGGGGCGUUUCAUAGCUAGCUAUAAAACCAGGUUUAACCCACCACUUCCUUCGGAAAAUGCCCGUACCAAGUCUGGAAUAUGACGGUUGUUUUUCACUUGUGAUAAAGUUUGAUUUUGUCAGUUUUUAUGAACUUCCCUUUAUUUUUGUUAUUCUUUUUUUCUAUUAUGAAAAACAAAAUAAUACAAUCUGAUAAAUGGAUAAGCAUAUUUACAUCAUAUUAAUAUUUUUAAAUAUCAGUUCUUAACACAAUAUGAAGAAAAUUUUUUGCUAUGCUCACUCAACACAAAGCUUCAUAUUGUGACUUGCUGCUGUUAUUUCACUGUAUCCAUAUGAAGGAAACUUGUUAAUCUAUGUUUAGAUUUACAUGAGUUUCAUCUAUAAAGCAAUUCUCCUUUCUCCAUUUGAUACUUUUCAAAAAGUCUUG